CUCUCAUCUAACGACUUUAUUUUGCCUUUCCAAUUAGGGUUCGGAAAAAGGAUAUCAUCAAUCAAUCGAUCACCUUCAUUCAACAAAUACCAAUUCCUCUGGAGUCAACAUCUACAGAACCCUAAUUUGGAUAGAGACCAACAUCUUCCAGAUUAGGGUAAGUACGUACACACAUCAGCUCUUACAACCACUUAUAUAUAAUCGAGAUCUCUUCUUCCCUUUUCUCUAUAUGUUGUUGAUCAUCUUGCGCCGUUAAUACCUGCACGUACGUAUAUACAUACAUACAUACUCUUCUAGUGUUCUGUUUCUGUUUGUAAAUUUUGUUAUGAAGCAAUCCAAAAAGAAGCAGAGAUCGCGAGCAACAAAGCAACACAAUGGGAAAUCUGUUGCGCCGAUGCUUCCCAAACAGAAGGAAGAAGAAGAACAAAGGAAGGAUAUUACAACUAGUUUGAAUGUGCAAUUCUCGUCUAUUUCCGUUGGGGAGAGAAAAGAGGGGUUUCCUGAAAAGGAUUUAGCAGCAGUUGCUGACGAUCAGGCGUCAACUUGUUCUAGUUCCAACGGAAGUAGUAGUUGUAGUAGUGGUGGUGGUGGUGGUGGUAAUAGAACGUUUUUAGUAUCAUCUCAGAUUUUGAGCUCUCAUGGGAGGAGUAAAAAGAAGGUUAUUGCUUCUACUGGUACUGUUUCCUCCGUUCUCGGAAAGCAGUAUAUUGCGACGUCGAAUUUCAGGACGGAUGAUUCGUUAAAGUCGAGAUGGAGCAAGAGUGCAGGCUCAAGUAAAGAGGAACGUGAACAAUUUUUGUGCUCUAUGCUGGGGAACGACUCUGAUUUAAACAUGGGUGUGGUUAGAGACGUCUUAUGUCAAUGUGGUUAUGAUCUGGAUGAGGCUUUAAAUGUUCUUCUCGAGUUGUCUACUUCAUCCAAUGACCUGUCAGAAUGUGAUGGCUCUCAAGAUUUAACCACAAACACUGACGAUGACAGUCAUUUCCAUCUGGAAGGCGGUGAUCAUCUACAUGAUAUGGCAUCUGACUCAACUUCUCAUUCAUCGGAAAAUGAAAAUCAAGAUAAUGUUUGGUUUUGGGGAAAACCUAGGAGGAAUUACUCUGAGGUUCUCACUGAUGCUAAAUCCGUGUAUCCAGUUCAACACAAAAUUACUGAUGCAGACCUCCCAAAGAUGGUGUUGGAAUCUUUGUUUUGUAUGCCUAAGAGUUCUGAACACGAACCCAGUGCCAUGAACUGGAAGGAUGUAGUAAGGAAGAUGGAGUCUCUUGGGCAAAAGGUUGCAUCUGAUCCUGCUGAUUCUGCACGGAAACAACAGAACAAUUCUGGAACUGUUGUAAAAGGAGAUGACUAUCACAUGUUUAGAGAGUCUGCCAAGGAACAGUGGGAUGCAAUGAAAUCUUGCUAUCAAAAGGCUGCAACAGCUUUUUCAAAUGGCGAUCGACAAUACGCGGCUCAUCUUUCUGAUCAGGGAAGGUUGCACAACAAAAUGGCUAAGAAAGCAGACAAAAUGGCGGGUCAGCAGAUAUUUGACUCUAGAAAUAAGAGAAAUGAAAAUGUUAUAACCAUUGAUCUGCAUGGGCAACAUGUGAAAAAUGCAAUGCGAAUGUUAAAAGUUCAUCUACUAUUUGGAGCAUAUGUACGAUCUGUCCAAACAUUCCGGGUGAUCACUGGAUGUGGAAACCACGGUGUUGGCAAGGCGAAGCUAAAACAAUCUGUUAUUAAUUUAGUGAAGAGAGAAGGGAUCGAGUGGCGCGAAGAAAACCAGGGUACAGUGAUAAUUAGGCUUAAUGGGCAAAGAGAGUUUGGGUUUAUGGAGACGGAGAGCGACGAAGAUGAAUGAUCUGAUUGAUAUAUAUAUGAAGACUAGGCUAAUUGUCUUUUGGUAUAUUUUAGUGGUUGAAAAUGCUAUUGUUGUUGUUGUUGUACAUGAUGAUUCUUUGUUAUUUGUUAGAUUUUUAUUUUAAUCAUGGGGUGGUCAGAUGUUAUCCAUCCAUUUAUUAUUAAUUAUGAACAAUCCUUAGUUGCUGGUCAAGUAAUAACUAUUACUUUAACAAGGUAAUGUAUAUUAUUACUUAUAUUUAACCAACAACUUAUUAUUAUUA